AUGGAUAGUUACGAGCCUUGUUUUUAUUUUGCUAGAGGCUUUUGUAAGAAUGGUGAUAAUUGUAAGUUGCCACAUGGUGUCGGUAUAGCUGAUAAUGUUCCUGUUAAUGGUGCUAGUGUUGGUUCACCUAGUAAAAUGGACCUUCCUUAUCAUCAACAUGAGGACAUGAUGAGAAUGAGAGCAGCUGCUCAUCACCAAAGAUUGGCUGCUGCUCUGUUGAUGGCUGGUGUUUCUUCUCCUUUGCCUUAUGAAAAAAACAUGAAUCUUCUAUUGCAACUACAAAUUAAUGCCAAGAGGUAUGUUAAAGAUUCCCCAUUUGUGCCUACUGGGCCAAGAAGCCUUGAGGAAGGCAUGUGGGUGUGGGUUAUAACUCUUGUCAACUAUUGCUAUUGUACUGCCUUCCAUAGUAAGCAGUUUGGCAUCCUAGACCUGUUUAAGGGUCGGAGUACUAUCAAACCUGAAGUCGAAUACAGCUUGGCCCAACCCAUAAACACCUCUAAUAUGUACAAUGAUGGUUACCCGAGACUGAAGCUCAUUUUGGCCAGAGGAAACCCCCAUUACAUUCAUGAUUCACGUGUGCUUGUUAAGCCCUACAAGGAAAAAGGAAAAGUCCCGGGCAAGAGGCAACACCUGCGACAACAGUUUGAGAGGGGGAACUUUUGUCCAUGUUCAAGCCCUUCAGGGCUUGUACCUAGAGAGCCCUAUGACCUUUGUGUUGGUAGGCAAACAAACAAGCAUUGGUUUUCGCAGGGUUGGGCAAAGAAGUUCUAUAAUGAACCGAAGAUGAUGUUGAAAAGAGAAUUGGAAGAGCAAGCUGAUCUCCAGCAAGCUAUUGAACUGCAAAGAAGCAGGUUCAUGAACUUGCAACUUCCAGACUUCAAGAAUGAUGGUAUUCAUCAUCACCAGCGCAGCCUAUCUGUUCAUGCUUCUGUUUCCUUGCCUGCUUAUUCCCAUGCCAGUCAAAAUGUUCAUCCAUCUGACAGCAUUAGACAAGUAGUCUCAGAAGCUGCUGCUGUUCCCUCAACUAUGAACGCUGCUGAACAGGAAGAAGUGAAUUCAGCUAGUGUUCAAAAAGGUGGAGGAAAUACCCAAGAGUGUUCCUACCGCAAAGUAUUGCAUGAGGGCAGUGUAGAGCAUGCACUUUCUGAUAGCCCUUCUGCUUCGCAUAAAAGUCUACUGAAAAUCGAGUCUCUGAGUUUCCUGCUUUGGCAGAAGCAAUUGAAAGUCCUGCAUUGGGUGCUCUACUUCAUCUUGUGA